CUUUGCAGAAGACUUAUACUGACUGAGAAUAAAGACCUUUACCAGAGAACUUUGUAGUCUUUCUGAACUCUGAGAAACUUCCCGUUACCUGCCGGAAAUCAUACUCUGCACUUGAAGUGGUCCAAACCCUAGGAUGUCCUCCUAUAAAUGUCAAGAGGAAGGCACGCUCAAAGCUCAUGAUUGCGUCUUAAUUUACAAAUCAGAGACAGAGGGAGAUGAAAACCACACUCCAGACAGUAACUUAAUCGGUCUCACCACCAAGAUGUUAAAAGUGAAGAGGCUGGAAGAAAUCAACACAUGUUAUAACAGUAACAAACUGGAGAAAAUGGCCUUUUUCCACUGCAUGGAAAAGGUUGAGAAAGUGAAAUGUUUUCUUGAAGAAAGUUCUAGUGAACAGGAUUCAAGAUCUGGAAAGAAUGAGGGUAAGGAGAAGGCACAGUCACACCCUGGGCUGAAGGAAACGGCAUCUGUCAAAGGCAAAAGGACAUUGACCCUCACAGAGAGAUCUUCCCAGAAGAACCAGCUCUCCUCUGAGAAGGAAAAGGUUAAUAAACUCAACAAGAAAAAUUCUGAGAAGACCAAUGCCUCUCUAGCUCAGAGAAGUUUUGUCACAUUUCAUACAGAAAGACCUCAAGAUGAGGUAGAAGAUUUUGCCCUAAGAAAUUCCAUAGAGUCAAGAGAAAAUAUAGACACAAGAGACAUUUCAAGCACAGAGAGACUGAACAGACAAGAAAAGAUUAGUGCUGGAGAUGAUAAACAAGCCUCUGUGGAUAAAAAUGAACUUCCAGUGUUCAAAGGAGAGAAAAAUGGGCUUCGUUCUAAGGAAGACACUAGUGAAAGAGAAGUUGAGAAAAAAGGAGGACCAGCAAUUGCAAAUGAAACAGUGUUGGACAAGUGUUCAAAUAAAAAGCAGUAUGUUGAUAAAACUAAUGGUGAUCAAUUCUCUGAAAGGUGUAUCAGCAAUGUAAAAGCCAUUUCUACAUCACGAAUCCUGGAAAAUUCAGCAAUAGCACCCAUUUUCCAGAAUGCUGAGCAAGCAGAGCAUAUUGGCAGCAGCAAGCGGCGGGUGACGGAGGAGUGCUUCAUCAAAGAGGACAACAAAAAGAGCAGAAUAGAUGUAGCGAGUACAGGUGAAGGACAUGCAUUUAGGACACAGGAAACCAGACAAGCCCAGGGGAGCUUACAAGGCAACCCCCUGGAAUCUGCUGGAAUUAAGACCUCCAGACAGCAAGAUCUGGUGACCCCAUUGGAUGAUGUCCCAGCUCCUCCUGCCCCCUUUAAUCACCGUAUUGUGACAGCCAAGCAAGCAGCAGUCAACAGUUUUUACACUGUGAGCAGAACUGAAAUUUUAGGAGGGGGGCGCUUUGGCCAGGUACACAAGUGUGAAGAGAAAGCAACAGGUCUGAAGCUGGCAGCUAAGAUCAUCAAGACCAGAGGCACAAAGGAUAAGGAUGAAGUAAAGAACGAGAUCAACAUCAUGAACCAGCUGGAUCAUGUGAACCUCAUUCAGCUCUAUGAUGCCUUUGAGUCUAAGAAUGACAUUGUGCUGGUCAUGGAGUACGUGGAUGGAGGGGAGCUGUUUGAUCGCAUCAUCGAUGACAACUACAAUCUGACCGAGUUUGACACCAUCCUGUUCAUCAAGCAAAUAUGUGAGGGCAUAAGACACAUGCAUCAGAUGUACAUUCUCCAUUUGGAUCUGAAGCCUGAGAAUAUCCUGUGUGUGAAUCGGGAUGCUAAACAAAUAAAAAUUAUUGAUUUUGGAUUGGCCAGAAGAUACAAACCCAGAGAGAAGCUGAAGGUGAAUUUUGGAACCCCAGAAUUUCUUGCUCCUGAAGUUGUGAACUAUGAUUUUGUUUCCUUUCCCACUGACAUGUGGAGUGUGGGCGUCAUUGCCUAUAUGCUACUGAGUGGAUUGUCCCCCUUCCUGGGUGACAAUGAUGCUGAGACCCUGAACAACAUCCUGGCCUGCAGGUGGGACUUACAGGAUGAAGAAUUUCAGGACAUCUCAGAGGAAGCCAGAGAGUUUAUCUCCAAGCUUCUGAUUAAGGAGAAGAGUUGGAGAAUAAGUGCAAGUGAGGCUCUCAAGCACCCCUGGCUGUCAGACCACAAGCUCCACUCCAGACUCAUUUCACAGAAGAAGAAGAAUUGCUGCUCUAAUGCGAAGGACCUUGUGACCAAAUAGUCCAUGGAAGGUGCCCAUUUGAAAGGAAAACUGCUGCGGUUGCUGCUGCUUUGAGAAGAUUUUUGGAAAAAUCAGCAGUUCUGAUGCCUUGACCCCUGUGAUGACGGGUGGCCCUGGGGGGGCGGUGGAGCCGCUGCACUUGAACUCUGAGCACCCAGUUAAGGGGGACACCUAGUCCUGUGGUCCCAGGGGGUGCAGACAAGCCCUGCAUCCCUUUCCUCAACUCCCCAGACCCCAUGGUAGUGCACAACGGGAAAGAUGCUUCCCUGCCAUCUUGAGUUUUCAAUUUUUAAUUUUUGACUUUAGACACUGGGGCAGGGGGUACAUUAUUUCUGCUCUUUCUCAGCUUAUUAGAGCAAUCAUACCGGAGAUUUAUUUGAGACAUUUAAAUCUGGAGGAUACAUUUAGAGGGAGAAAACUGCUUCCAGUCCUUAAACUAUGCCUUUCAAAGGGGGCCAUCAUAUCGCCAGAAAAAAAUUCUGUCUUUUGCACCCUUGAGCAUUUAGUUUCUCAGACUCUAUUAUUUUUAUUUGAUCUGAAAUCAGGUGAAUCCAACUGAUAAAUAAUUUACUUUCUGGAACACAAACUGUUUUUGAAUCCCGAGGCAAGAGGCAUCAGACGUUAUAUCUUCCAUAUAUCCUGAACUUUCUCCAAGUUCAUCAGUUUCUUCUGAGUAGCUGAUUCUACUUUCAAAUGUGUGACGUGCAUUUCACAAGACACUCCCUGCUGUCUUCUGAUUGUACAUUUGCUUGCAUGAAAUGCUCUAGUUUUCACAGGUGGAGCAAGAGGUAUCUGUUUAUGGUUAGUCUUUGGAAUUACAACCUUUGGAAAAAUGUUGAUAGUCACAAGAACUUUCCUCAUGCUGCCAUUACCAAUGAGACAUGGGCCGUGUGCAUGCCAAGGAAGGACAGUGCUUUGCUUCCAGUGUUGCAAUGACUCGGGAAAUAGCACUCAGGCUUCUGGGUAAAUUCCAGCAUUUCUGAAGACCGGUAAUCUCACCUACGUGGAGUCUCACAUGGCUCAGUGGUUGUGAAGAAAGAACAUCCAGAAAUCAACGGUGAGGGGAACACUGCUGCUCACUCUUUGGAUAUGAGAAUAACUUCCAGUUGGAAGCUUCUUCUUGCUCCGGAGCUCAUGUGGCAUUUCAUUACAGAUAUUUAAUAAUGGACAUGAGCCUGACCGUAUACAGCACAGAAGGGCAUUGGGCCUCUCAAGGGUGAAACGUGCGUCGUUUCUUUACGAAGAGGAGGCCACGCAAAGCCACACUAAAUUCCUAUUACACAUCCAGCAUCAAGCUCACUAUUCAGCCUCUUAAGUUUUCCUCAUAUUUCCCAUUUCCAAAUAACUCCUGUGUUGAGAUCAGCUAUAAUAAAGUCUUUAUUUUUAGCUGUAAAUCAUUCUAGGCUCUGGUAGUCACAAUAGCAGUGACAUGAAAUAAGAAUGACUUGAUGGCCAUGUUAGUGAGGGCAGUUUUAAUUGGCAUUGACUUUUCUCCAUUAUUGUUCAUAUGCACCUAGUGGAUGCUUAUAGCAUGCCCAUGAAUAACUAAAUGUGCAAUGUUCUUAUUCUCAUGUGUAAGGUAAAAGGGAAGUAGAGACAGAAGAAAAUGUGUAAUUUAGUUAGGACCAUAUGCCAAUUUAGUGGUCAUGCUAGCUAUAAAACUGACUCCUUUCUAGCUUUGCUCUUACAUUAUGAUGCAUUUCUUUUUUCCUUUGGCCUAUGCAUUUAUCCAAGGUUGGUUUUCUCCUGUUCCUGUUAUGUGACUGUGCUUAAAAUGGUUAAUUUGGUUUCCUUAAAACAAACAAACAAACAAACACGUACACACACACACACAAAAACACAACAAAGCCUUGUGACUGAAGUGUUAUAUUACUGUGCUAUCUUUAGCUGAUGGUAUUCAUUGAGGCUGGAAAAAUACAAGUCAGUGCAUGCAUUAAUACUCAGACCACAGAGAGCUGGCAUUCACUCAAAUGCUAAAUAAGACGCAAGGGUCUGAUUUGAAACCCCUCAUGGAAGGGCGUUUUCUGUCCUUCCACAUGUGGUGUGGAAUCUCUACCAGAUAGAGCAGGAGAUCUUUUGCAUCCAACUCUCAUCCUGACUCACGCUGGCAGAGAAGCUUUCACCAGACCCCAACACACGUGGGACAGGCAGCUUAGGCCAAAUGAAGGAACGAUUUCUUUGACAAAUUAAUCCACUAAUGACCCUGCAGUCAGUGGGUGUGAUUUUUUUAAAAAAGAGGUUUAGAAAGGAGACUCUACUUUAAAAACGAAUCUCCUUUGAAUUUGGAGUUGAAUUUCCACAUUUGGAUGGGGAGGUAUCCCCGUGCCAGCGGGGUGCCUUUUAUAUGAGAGCUGAGGAUAGUUUGCAUCGCAGAGUUGAUUAUUACAGUCUACAGUUACAGUGAAAUGGGAGAUUUUCGGUCUCCUGCUCAUCCUGUUCCCUCCCUCCACACCCAUGUGUGGCUGCUCCAGCAAGCACUGGUAACUUGGUAGAUUGCCACUUUGAUGGGAAAGGGGGCUUUGCACAGCAGAGGAAUCAAACCAGAUGCAAGCAUGGACCAGAGAAGCUGAGUCUGGCAAGACUUGGGCUAUUGUGAUCAAUUUUUCCAAGAAGUCAUUAGGAUUUGAUAGGCUGUACUUCUCCCCCACCCACUUAAUGGACGCUAUGGCUUCACUCACUCGCAUUAGGCAGUAGCCAUUGCUUUAGAAAAUAGAGGAAAUUAAAGCACUGAUGUGGCACUUCCCACUGCCUAGAGAGAAACAAACCUCACAAAGGAUUAAAGAAACAGCAUGCCCCUUUUGUAAUUUGUAAGACACCAACACUUACCCACAACCUGUUGCUAUUUCAAAAAAUCAGGGAGAAAAGAGCUCAUGCCCUAAUUUGUUACAUAAAAGCAUCUGAAAUGGAUUCUCACCUGAACUACCUUGGGGAAAGAUUUCCAAGUCAAAAUUGGGUAAUUCUCAUGUUUGUUUUUUAGUUACUUUUUGUCUGACUUGACAUUAUUUUGCUUUCUUUCCUCAAAAAUGUAAAUAGGCAUGCUGCUAUUGUUGUGGCAUACUUGGAUGUGAAUGUGUUUUGAAAGAUACAUGAAUUAUUACAUUUUCACUAUUUUUAUGGAAACUAGAGUAGAAUUUUUUUCUUGUUUUAAAAUCAAAAUAUGUAUUUGAUAUUAGGGAAAUGAGGGUCUUAUUCUUUAUUUCAUUCCUUUAUUCUUCCUUCUGCUCCCAGUACCCCCACCCUAGGCAUUAGGCAAAUGGUGUCAGGAUGCCUACAUGUGCUUGCUUAGUUAGGAUGACAGGCCAGCUGAGGGAACCUCAUUUGGAAAGUUCAUCUGUGCAAGUGAGGCAAGAGGGCAAAGCAGGGGUCUGAGCAGGCAUGCCCAGUGAACUCAGUUCAGCUCUCUAUCCGCUGGCAAGUUCAGCAUGGGUCUAGACUGCAUGGCUCACUUCUCAAUAGCUGUGAUGCUCCCUAUUUUGCUUUUGCUUUGUUUUGAUUUUUUUUUUUUUACUUCUUUCUCUUUUUCUUCAGUUAGAAUCAAAGUCCAUCUUCUUAUCCAUCACAAUGCUCCCCUGAAGUCUUUUUGGGAUGAAAAUUAUAUUUCCAAAAGGCAAAUGGCUUGCUGUCCUAAAGGAAACUUGAAGCUGGACUAUCAGACUAUCAGAUGCUCAAUUUCCAGAUGAAGGCAACUUCCUUGCCUUGCAUGAAGUCAACAGUUUCUCACAUUUGAAGGUCUAUGUAUGUCUCCUAGAUACAUUUCAGUCAGGUGUACUUUCCAUAAGUGAUCUUUAUGUGUGUAGUUUCACCUUCCAUGAAGGCUUAUAAUUCAACCACUACUUAUUCAAGAGAGCAGAGAACAUCUAAUACCUGAGUGUUCCGAUCUUGAAUUGUAUGUAUUUUGUAUUUGUCCCAUCCGAUAGAUGUCAGUGAGUCCUUUCGAUGAAGUUUAGUAGUGUAGAUAAGAAAUAAAAAUGGAUUCACAAUGUGGUGACUGAAUUUGUCAUGUAUAUUUUUUAUUUCUGAACAUAGUUUAAUUCAGCUGUAUUUCUUUGCCUUAUAAAAAUGUAUAACAGUCAUAUAUAUGUAUUAUAUUGACAAAUAAACAUGGACUUUAUUUA